UUAUUUUUAUCUGUUGUCAGGAUUGCUUAUACUCCUUGAAUGCUUCUACACUCUGUAAGAAGUGUGAAUCGCUUUUGGGGCACCUUCGCUGCCAUCCAAAUGUAACGGCUCCAAGGGGCAUUUUGGUCACACCAACCCAGCUUUUGAAAAUGAGAAGCAAAACCAUAAGCCUCUCUCUUGAGCGGAGACAGAAAGUAGAAAAAAAGGAAGAAAAAUCCACAUAUUCCCCAAUCUUGUUGAAGUGGAAGGCCAAGUGAUCAACGCUGAAGAAGGAAAGAAGAGAAUGCAAGAUCUAUUCGGAUCAGUUCGGCGCUCUUUCUCUCUCCGCUCGAAUCCCGCCGGAAACGAUGGCGGUGGUAGCCGCAUCGUCGAAAAGAUCGGGUCGCGUUUGAGAAAAUCGAGGGUGGGAUUGGGCCUAGGGUUAGGGCUUUCUCCCAAACCCACUCCAUCCCCGCAACCGCUUUCUCCGGCGGAGACGACGGAGGACGCCUCUCCGAUCCGGUGGAGGAAGGGCGAGCUAAUCGGCUGCGGAGCCUUCGGCCAUGUCUACAUGGGCAUGAAUCUAGAUUCCGGCGAGCUUCUCGCAGUCAAACAGGUUUUGAUCGGAACGAGUAAUGCCUCGAAGGAGAAAGCCCAAGCUCAUAUAAGGGAGCUUGAAGAAGAGGUGAAACUUCUCAAGAACCUCUCACAUCCAAAUAUUGUCAGAUAUUUGGGAACUGUGAGGGAAGAAGAAACCCUAAAUAUCUUAUUGGAGUUUGUACCAGGAGGUUCCAUUUCAUCACUACUGGGAAAAUUUGGUUCUUUUCCUGAAGCUGUUAUAAAAAUGUACACCAAGCAGCUAUUGCAGGGCCUGGAGUAUCUUCAUAAGAAUGGGAUUAUUCACAGAGAUAUAAAGGGUGCAAACAUUCUUGUUGAUAAUAAAGGCUGCAUCAAACUUGCAGAUUUUGGAGCAUCUAAACAAGUGGCCAAACUGGCAACAAUGACAGCAGCCAAAUCAAUGAAAGGCACUCCUUACUGGAUGGCUCCAGAAGUAAUACUUCAAAUAGGUCAUACUUUCUCUGCGGACAUAUGGAGUGUUGGCUGUACUGUUAUCGAGAUGGCAACUGGAAAACCUCCAUGGAGCCAGCAAUAUCAAGAGGUUGCAGCUUUAUUUCACAUUGGGACUACAAAAUCGCAUCCUCCUAUUCCAGAGCAUCUUUCAUCUGAAGCUAAGCAUUUUCUCUUGAAAUGUUUGCAGAAGGAACCAAACUUGAGGCCAUCUGCAUCAGAUUUGCUCCAGCAUCCUUUUGUUGCCAAGGAUUUUGAACAUUCACAAUCAGUUCAUCUCUCUUCAAAUACGGAUUCUUUGAAAGGAGUUGUACCAGUUACCAAAUCCUACCAUGUAAAUGCCCCUAAAUUUUUUCCAUCUAUAUUCUCUGCCGUUCCUCUUAUAAGUCACAUAUAUUCCACUCUUAAUGGUGUCUAUCAGGAUUCUUUGAAAGGAGUUGUACCAGUUACCAAAUCCUACGUGAAAGAUCUGGGUUUCAGGAAUAUUGAGCACAGUGGAAGCUACACUGAACAGCUUUCUGACCUCAGACCUAUUUGGGACACAAAUUCCAGUGAUGAUAUGUGCCAAAUUUUUGACAAGGAUGCAUGUCCAAAGAGUUUCAAUCCCAUGUCAGAGCCAUUUGAUGAAUGGCCAUCUAAACUUGAUGCACAUGUUCUAAAUAGCAUGGAUGAAUCAUCAAACGGGGAGAAUAAAUUCGCAUUCCCAUGUGAGCCUACAUGUGAGGAAGAUGAUUAUGAAGUCACGGAAAGGAAAAUCAGAGCAUUCCUAGAUGAAAAGGCUAUUGAUCUGAAGAAAUUACAGACACCUCUAUAUGAGGAGUUCUUCAACAGCUUAAGCGCCAUUCCUGAAGCAUUCAGUCGGAAAGUUGGGGAUGAAUAUGAAGGCGAAGCAGAACAAACUUCUAAAGGCUCGAAGCGAUUUUCUAAUAAAAUCACAAAUGAUCCAACAACUCCUAUAUAUGCUGAUAAUGCCAGAGGCAAAGAGAAAGCAAAAUUUAGUUGUUAG